GUCGUGGCUCUGUGUGAAGUUCACAAGUGCCCCGAGGACAGUCUAGUGUAGUGUGCUAGUUGGUAAUGACGCUCGACGAGCCAGCCAGCUUAUCUGCUGCUGUUGCUGCUGCACGAGGGUGUCAGCGCCUGUGCUGCAUGGAGAGCCCUUGCGUGGGCGCGCCCACCCUGGGCUCUGCAGAUCCUUGACCUCCCAAUUCACAUCAACGGACAGCUGGGGCAACCUACCUGUGCUACAUGUAGUUUUCCGAGCAGUGUCGUAGGAGCAUCACCACCGUUAACCCUUCACUCAUCUGUACUGACCACUGAGUGAGUGUUUAUAUACAGAGUGUGCGCCAAGUGAGUGUUCAUGAUGAUCGCGCGCCCGGUGUGAGGUGCAGAGGUCUUUAGGGGCACGGGGUGGUGGCGUGACAUAAAUGGCCCGGUGCUAGUGCGCCGUCGCAGUGACGUGCUUAGGUGCAGAGUCCGGGUUCAGAGGGAGCGGAGCGGGCACCGCAGUGGCUGAGACGCGGAGGAAGAGACCAAGGCCGAGAGGCAGCGGGUGAGCGAGCUCGCAUGCUCACCGCCAUCCCAUGCUUGUAGAAGGCGGCAGUAAGUUUAGGAGUUGGAUGCGAAUGUCGGGUUUGCUCGUCACGGCAAAAGGACUCCAGGAGAGAGUUCGUGUAGCUUUGCUCAUCCAUCUCCACUGAAGGAGCACAGGCUACAUUGGUUUACUUUAUGGUCCAUAGUUUGAGUUGCAUUGCCACAAUCGCACUCCCGUGGCUUGUCUUUAAUUGUCCAUUCACGACGGAGACGUGUGCAUCGGCCUGUUGGUGUUUUGCUGUGGUUGUGAGCUGUUUAACGCGCAGUGCAGGGGGAGCUGUUUAAAUACGAAGUGCAGGGAGAACUAUUUAAUUCGCAGUGCAGGAGGAGCUGUUUAAAUCGCAGUGUAGGGGGGGGGCUGUUUUAUAUGUAGUGCAGGGAUAACUAUUUAAUUUGCAGUGCAGGGGGAGCUGUUUAAGGUGCAGUGUAGGGGCGCUGUUUAUUGUGCAGUUGCAGGGGCGCUGUUUAAAGCGUAGUGUGCAAGGAACGCUGUUUAAAGUGCAGUGCAGGAGGCGCUGUUCAAGGGCAGUGCAGGGAGCGCCGUGCAGUGCAGGGAGCGCUGUUUAAGUGUAGGGGAGUUGUUUAAAGCGCGGUGCAGGGGGCGGUGUGUACACGGGACCGUGCGGCCUGUGUACGCGUGCAGACGGGACAUGGACGCGUGGACUCUGCUGCUGGGCGCCGCAGCGCUCUUCUGCUGCUUCUGCGCCCUGCGCGCGUGGCGCUCGCUUCGCGAGGCGCGCGCACACGCGAGGGCGCUCUCUGCGUUCCCGGGACCCGGCCGCCACUGGCUCUACGGGAACGUGCACUGCUUCCCCAACGAUGAAAGGGCGCUGCAGAAUGAGCUUAAGUUCUCCAAGGAGUAUUCAUUCGCCACACCGCUGUGGUUCGGACCAACAGUAGGCUACCUGUCCAUGACGCAUCCGGACUACGCCCGAGCAGUGCUCACAACCAGCGAACCAAAAGACGAUGUUGCAUAUGAAUUCCUUAUCCCAUGGAUUGGAAAUGGCUUGCUUGUGUUAUCUGGACCCAAGUGGUUUAGAAACCGGCGACUUCUGACUCCUGGGUUUCACUAUGAAAUCCUCAAACCAUACAUUGCCAUCAUUGGUCAAAGCACUGCAUCAAUGCUGGAUAAAUGGGAGAGGCUAACAGAGAAGCAACCGACUUUAGAGGUUUUUGGUGACAUUUCUCUGCUCAUGCUUGACAGCAUCCUCAAGUGUGCGUUCAGCUAUGAGGGCAAUUGCCAAAUAGAAACGGGCAAUUCGUAUGUGCGAGCUGUGUAUGAAUUGACGGAUUUGGUUCACCGUCGCUUCCGAAAUUUUGCGUUGCAUAACAAGUGGGUGUAUUACCUCACCCCAGCUGGACGGCGCUUUCAAAAAGCCAAAGCACAUGCACAUAAGCACACAGAGGACGUGAUCAGACGGAGAAGAGAGAUGCUGAAGUUGGAGGCUCAGCAGCACAAGAUGCAGCAGAAACGGAACCUGGAUUUCCUCGACAUUUUGCUGAGUGCCCGUGACGCGGACGGGCAGAGCCUAUCGAAUGAAGAGAUUCGCGCGGAGGUCGACACCUUCAUGUUUGAAGGCCACGAUACGACGGCGAGCGGCCUCUCCUGGGUCCUGCAUGCACUCGCGAGCAACCCGCACCACCAGGAGAUGUGCCGCAACGAGGCGGCCCGCGUGCUGGCCGGGCGCUCGCAGCCAGAGUGGGAUGACAUCUCGAACCUGCCCUACACCACCAUGGUCAUCAAGGAGUCUCUGCGUCUCUACCCGCCGGUGCCGGGCAUCAGCCGCAAACUCACGCAGCCGCUCAAACUGCCACACGGACACGUUCUCCCAGCUGGGAUGCGGGUCGGCGUCAGCAUCUUCUGCAUUCAUAGAAAUGAGGAAUUCUGGAAGGAUCCUGAGGUUUUUGAUCCGCUGCGGUUUUCUCCGGAGAAUUCCGCACACAGACAUCCGUACGCCUUUAUUCCAUUCUCUGCUGGACCACGAAACUGCAUUGGCCAGAACUUUGCCCUCAACGAGCUGCGCGUCACCGUGGCGAUGAUCCUGUCACGAUUUCGCAUCCAUUCGGCCUCCCCGCCGGCCUGGCCCCUGCCUCAGCCUGUCCCUCGCAUAGUUCUACGCUCAAACACUGGCUUUCAUUUCCGUUUUGAAAGAGUCUAGCCUCUCAAAUCUGGCCCAAAAUAAUAUUUUGAUACCUAGACAAGGAAAGGCAUGCGCAAUUUAUAUUCGUUUUGCUAAACGUGGCGAUCAAAAACCACCAAGACAAGUCUGAUUUAUCAGGAAAACUUUCGCUAAACGGUAAGAUGCAAAGGUAAACAAAAUGUUUAAAAUAAAAACCAUUAAGUGCUGAAACUUGUACUAGUUAGUGCAAUGAAGAUACAAACACGUUUGUUAAUAAAAAAAAUUACUCCACACAUAAAUGUGCUCAAGUUGGUAAUCGAACCCAGAGGAACCCCUUGCUAUGAGGCAGGACUGUGCCAACUUGCCACCGUUAACACCUCCGGCCAUAUAUGAAGAAUACAAAUAACAGGUGCUCAUCAGCUUUGUCUGGGGGAAAUCCCACAUACAUGGAGGUUUGCCUCUGCAGUGCAGAGGUCGCUGCGGUCAAAUCAAUGCAGGUGGUGCUGCUGCUGUUCCAAGGAGCAGUGGGAAAACAUCCCGAUACUUGGGUCAACUCUUAUUUUAUAACAGCUUUGACUUAAGAGAUGGGGCCAUCUGCUAUAAAUAUAUAAGUGUAAUUGACUGGAACAGAAGACGAAUAGACAAGUAUUGUGCCAAGUAGCUUCUAGCAUUUGGUGUUGAAGGUUGGCGAAUACUUCAAAGUCAGGGGACCUGGGUCAGGCAGCAAGAGGCAAUCGGAGCUGAGGAGAUGCGUGGUGAACAUAAUGAGACUGUCGAUCCAGAGCAACCGGCAUGCUCAGGGCUGGGGCAAAACAACACGUGGUGCGUGACUGCGGCGCGAUGCUUGUGUCGCGCGAUGCUUGUGUCGCGUGAUGCUUGUGUCGCGUGAGUGCUCAGAUUGUUGUCUUCUAAGAGGGGACUGUUCUCCUGAGGGGCCUAUUUUUCUCACUGGGAGUUCUUAUCAAUGGUGGUACACUAAAACAUGUUUUCCUUUGCCAGCCGCCUUAAAGAAAUGUCAUAAUAAACCGCGGUUUGGCUUUGAAA